CGCUCCGAUAACCCGUGCGUUUCGUAAGGUUCCGAGCACUUGUACAUUUCUGCAGGCGCGCGGAGAGCCAUUAGCGGCGGCUGCUGCAGCUCGGACUGCAUCUUCCUCCUCCUCCUUCCCCCGGGCUCCGGGUGUGUGUGUAUAUGUGUGUGUGUGAGUGUGUGUGAAUGUGUGUUUUGCAGGUGUGUCCGUUUUAAUUCUGCCCAGUAGGUGGGACUUGGUGACUUUAGCACCAUUUUUUUCCUUUUUUCUUUUUGCCUCCCCACCGUCUGUUGCAACCCUGCAAAGUCUCGGGAGUCGGAGAGUGCGGCUCGCUUCCCGAGCCCCCGGACCCGGCGAGCCGGCGAACGCCGAGCCGGCCACCAUGCCCGGCAGAACGCGCCACUAGGCGCUCCCCGCGGCUCCCACCCGGCGGCUGCGGCGGCCGCGAUGGUUUCAGACGCUGAAGGAUUUUGCAUCUGAUCGCUCGGCGUUUCAAAGAAGCAGCGAUCGGAGAUGGAUGUCUCUCUUUGCCCAGCCAAGUGUAGUUUCUGGAGGAUUUUCUUGCUGGGAAGCGUCUGGCUGGACUAUGUGGGCUCUGUGCUGGCUUGCCCUGCAAAUUGUGUCUGCAGCAAGACGGAGAUCAAUUGCCGGCGGCCGGACGAUGGGAACCUCUUCCCGCUCCUGGAAGGGCAGGAUUCAGGGAACAGCAAUGGGAACGCCAACAUCAACAUCACGGACAUCUCAAGGAACAUCACUUCCAUACACAUAGAGAACUGGCGCAGCCUGCACACGCUCAACGCUGUGGACAUGGAGCUCUACACGGGACUCCAGAAGCUGACCAUUAAGAACUCAGGACUUCGGAGCAUCCAGCCCAGAGCCUUUGCCAAGAACCCCCACUUGCGCUAUAUAAACCUUUCGAGUAACCGGCUCACCACGUUGUCCUGGCAGCUCUUCCAGACGCUGAGUCUUCGGGAACUGAGAUUGGAGCAGAACUUCUUCAACUGCAGCUGUGACAUCCGCUGGAUGCAGCUGUGGCAGGAGCAGGGGGAGGCCAAGCUGAACAGCCAGAACCUCUACUGCAUCAGUGCUGACGGCUCUCAGCUGCCCCUCUUCCGCAUGAACAUCAGUCAGUGUGACCUUCCUGAGAUCAGCGUGAGCCAUGUCAACCUAACUGUACGAGAGGGUGACAACGCGGUCAUCACUUGCAAUGGCUCUGGGUCCCCCUUGCCUGAUGUGGACUGGAUAGUCACAGGGCUGCAGUCUAUCAACACCCACCAGACAAACCUGAAUUGGACCAAUGUGCACGCCAUCAACCUGACGCUGGUGAAUGUGACGAGCGAGGACAAUGGCUUUGCCCUGACCUGCAUCGCAGAGAACGUGGUGGGCAUGAGCAACGCGAGUGUUGCCCUCACCGUCUACUACCCCCCGCGCGUGGUGAGCCUGGAGGAGCCCGAGCUGCGCCUGGAGCAUUGCAUCGAGUUCGUGGUGCGCGGGAACCCCCCGCCAACGCUGCACUGGCUGCACAACGGGCAGCCGCUGCGGGAGUCCAAGAUCGCCCACGUGGAGUUCUACCAGGAGGGCGAGGUCUCCGAGGGCUGCCUGCUCUUCAACAAGCCCACCCACUACAACAACGGCAACUACACCCUAAUCGCCAGGAACCCACUGGGCUCGGCCAACCAGACCAUCAAUGGCCACUUCCUCAAGGAACCCUUUCCAGAGAGCACGGAUAACUUUGUGUCUUUAUACGAUGUGAGCCCCACACCUCCUAUCACUGUGACCCACAAACCAGAGGAAGACACUUUUGGGGUCUCCAUAGCAGUUGGACUUGCUGCUUUUGCCUGUGUCCUGUUGGUGGUUCUCUUUAUCAUGAUCAACAAGUAUGGUCGACGAUCCAAAUUUGGAAUGAAAGGUCCCGUGGCCGUCAUCAGUGGCGAGGAGGACUCAGCCAGCCCGCUGCACCACAUCAACCACGGCAUCACCACGCCCUCGUCGCUGGACACGGGGCCCGACACGGUGGUCAUCGGCAUGACACGCAUCCCGGUCAUCGAGAACCCCCAGUACUUCCGCCAGGGCCACAAUUGCCACAAGCCAGACACGUAUGUGCAGCACAUUAAGAGAAGGGACAUCGUGCUGAAGAGAGAACUGGGCGAGGGAGCCUUUGGGAAGGUCUUCCUGGCCGAGUGCUACAACCUCAGCCCAACUAAAGACAAGAUGCUCGUGGCAGUGAAGGCCCUGAAGGACCCCACCCUGGCUGCCCGGAAGGACUUCCAGAGGGAGGCCGAGCUGCUCACCAACCUGCAGCACGAACACAUUGUCAAGUUCUACGGGGUGUGCGGUGAUGGAGACCCCCUCAUCAUGGUCUUUGAGUACAUGAAGCAUGGAGACCUGAACAAGUUCCUCAGGGCCCACGGGCCAGAUGCGAUGAUCCUCGUGGACGGGCAGCCUCGCCAGGCAAAGGGUGAGCUGGGGCUCUCCCAAAUGCUCCACAUCGCCAGUCAGAUCGCCUCGGGCAUGGUGUACCUGGCUUCCCAACACUUCGUACACCGGGACCUGGCCACCAGGAACUGCCUGGUUGGAGCCAACCUGCUGGUGAAGAUCGGAGACUUUGGCAUGUCGAGGGAUGUCUACAGCACCGAUUACUACAGGGAAGGGCCAGGCCAGAAGGGCCCGUUCAGCGUGUCGUGGCAGCGGCAGAGGCUAGCAGAACCAGCAGCUUCCACAGUGGGAGGACACACCAUGCUCCCCAUCCGUUGGAUGCCCCCCGAAAGCAUCAUGUACCGGAAGUUCACCACAGAGAGUGAUGUGUGGAGCUUUGGGGUGAUCCUCUGGGAGAUCUUCACCUACGGAAAACAGCCGUGGUUCCAGCUCUCAAACACAGAGGUCAUCGAGUGCAUUACACAAGGUCGUGUUUUGGAGCGGCCUCGAGUCUGCCCCAAGGAGGUCUACGACGUCAUGCUGGGGUGCUGGCAGAGGGAGCCACAGCAGCGGCUGAACAUCAAGGAGAUCUAUAAAAUCCUCCAUGCUCUGGGGAAGGCCACGCCAAUCUACCUGGACAUCCUUGGCUAGUGGUGGCCAGUGGCCAAGAAUCCCUACUGUGUUGCCUCUUCUCUCCCUGCCUCCCUCGCUCCUUUCUCCCAUCCUUGACUGAAGCAAACAUCUUCAUAUAAACUCAAGUGCCUGCUAUACAUACAACACUGAAAACAAACAAAAAUAGAAAGAAGAAAACCUGUAAGGCAGUUUGGAGUAUAUAUAUAUAUAUAUAUAUAUAUUUAUAUAUCUAACUAUCUAUCUAUCUAUAUCUACAGAGAGAUAUGUUCUUCACUAAUACAGAGAGAAGCUGCUGAUACAGAAAACCACACGACUUGAGCAACAACUCAGAAAAUCUUACAUAUAAUUAAUGCAAAUGAAAAUUCCCUUUGACUUCAGCUGCGGCACGAGCUUCUUCAGCUCCGGCUUCUCGGAGCAGAAGAGCUUGACGAUGCAGAGAGACAAUCUUCCGGUUAGGACGGGAGGAGCUGGGGUAGGGUGCACAUAGCUGCUGCGCCUCGGUGAUCCCCGCGGAAGCCCUGCAGGUGCACAUGGGCAGCCCGCCUCGACUGCGCUGGGCAAGGAAAUGACACCGGACCAGGGGAUCUGGGAAGCCACCGUGCUUCUCCCACCCCUCACCUCUACGCCUUUCCCUCUUUCCUCCACUUCAGGACAGUUUUCUAAGUUGCUAGUUCUUAAAAUGUGGACUUGAGUCUUUGGGAUUACAAUGGUGGCGCCUAUGGGUAAGUACUGAACAAACAAUACAACACAAAACCCCGACUGCAGCAGCCUGCCUCCUUUUGGGUGUCAGCCAUGCUCAAGAUCCCUGCUGGAGUUGAGUGGGAUGUGUCAUCUCUCCUCUGAACUUAAAGAACUGGACUUUCUGGACCUCAAGAACCGCAGAAGAAUAAAACAGCUGAAACCUGACCCUCGCAAGGCACUGCCACCCAUCUUUCUGUCACUGGAAAGAUCCCUGGACUCCACCUCCCAUUUUCCCACCCCGGAGCAUUGUGGGGUUUAGGGGAUGGACCCCCGUGUGGCCCUGCGACUGUGGACAUGGCAGGCUUCAGGGUUCCCACAGAAGGGGACUUAGUUGCUUGCAGGUCAUGGUAAGGUAUGUCCCUCUGGGUCCUCUCCAUUUCAUAUCCUGCCCCCCCCCCCCCAGCUGGGAGCCCCCACUUCUUGGGUCUCCACCAAGACCCUGCCAGGGAAGGGAGCCAGGGCUGGUGAGUGAGAGGCUGGGGCCAGGCCGGGAGAGGGCAGGAGCCAGCAGCGGAGAGUCUCCCUGGCCUCGGCACUGGGCCCCUUGGCAUUCUCCUCACGUUCCCAGCCCCUGGAAGGAUUGAUGCAUCUGCCUUUGAGCUGUUGUGAAAAUGCGGGGACUGAGGAAUCGCUUUUGUGGGCUGUGGUGCGGGGAGGGGCUGAGGCUUCUCUGGGCAACGGCCCAUGAGCUGCCGCUGCUGCGGGCUGCGUAUCUUAAUGAGGAUGGAGCCCUGACCAGGGAGAGAGAACCCAGCAUCUGGGCCGGGGCCAGCUCCCUCUGCCCCAGCACUAGGGAGAUCACUGCCUUCCCGGCUGCUGCCAAGGAUGGCUCCAGGGUCAGAUCUCUGGCACAUGACAACGGAAAGCCCGCAGAAGCCAACAGCCGAACCCCACAGAGCCCUUCUUCUUGGGAGCAGAGGAAGUGCCCCUCACAGGCCACCCAGCCCCUCCACCUCACCCAAGCACAGAGCUCCUGCACAGACUGGCCUGGGCCUAACUGGAGCCUCCUGGGGGCUUCUGAGCUGCCCCCUUCCUUGCCAGCGGGACUGUCGGCAGCCUGAGACGUCCUGGUCAGCUGGAGGCAGCUAAAGUGUUGGCGUCUCCAUGUGGGACUCAGGACUGAAUGAUGUGUAUGUGGUUUUACUUCUUUUUUAGA